CUAGGCUCUACGCACUUGUUGCGGUGUUGAUUCCAUGCUUGUGGAUGCUACUGUCACUUUGGCCGUGUGUGUCCUAUUAGAAGCCAGGAAGAAAUGUAGGGAUCGACAGCUCAUUCUGAAAGACGUCGUUACUGCUUUAUCAGCCUUGUGGUGGAAGUAUCAUUUGUUGGAGAGUUUUUUGCUUCCAUGUAGAUCUACUACUACUAGCGACGAGUCUCUGGACGUGGUCGUGUCGAGAGUUGCUGCUUUGGCCCGAAGUCGCCAGUGUGGGCGAGGUGACGUGAGCAAGGUUAAAGGAUGCUAGUACUGGACGGCUAGCAAUAGCAGCAUGUUGUCAACUCCUCGCGCACCGUUACUUCCUCGGAAACUGUCGGUAAGGCGGAUACCAAACACAAGGGUCUAUCCGAAUGACGCUACAGCCAAGUAUCCGAUAGUCGAGCUUGUGGACGACAGUGAUGAGGUGGACAGCGCAAAGUUCGACUACGUUUUCAAGAUUGUGUUAGUCGGUAAUAGCGGUGUGGGCAAGAGCAAUCUGCUGUCACGUUUCGUACACAACAUCUUCAAUGCCGAGGAGCGGGCCACUAUUGGUGUCGACAUGAUGACCAGGCAUGUCUGUGUUCAUGGACCUAGCCAGCAGCCGGUCAUAGUCAGGCUACAGAUCUGGGACAGCGCUGGUCAGGAGAGGUUCCGAGCACUGAGCUCGGUGUUCUACAGAAACGCAGCGGCUGCUGUGCUGGUCUAUGAUAUCGCGGAUAAGAAGAGCUUCGCCAGCUUGCCGAAGUGGCUUUCCGACAUUCGGAAGUACGCGGAGGACCCCACCAUACUUCUUCUAGGUAAUAAAUGCGACUUGGCCCACAUCAGCACUGUGCCAACGGAGACUGGUCACUCGUAUGCCGUGGACAACAACCUCAUGUUCAGCGAAUCGUCGGCAUUUGAUCGCACAAACGUCGAGUCCUCAUUUCUAAACAUGAUCAAGAAGACAUUCAUUCGCCUUGAACAACAGGCCGAGGCUCAAGCCAUGCAAGACAAACUGGAAUCCGAGACUAAUGAAGAUGAUGUAUUUGAUGAGACAGAUAGCUGGGACCUGCCUGAUGAGGAGAGCAUGGAAGAGGAUAGCAGUGGUGAUCUGAAUACAUCAUCAUCAUCAGCGGCAUCCCGUUUUGUCGCCGAGCCGUUGAUCAAGUUGAAGAGGAUGGGAGCAGUGGUACUGGACGACAUUCAAGAAACGUCCGAGGGACGACUUCGCAAACUGAAACGACAAACAAGCUGCUGCAAGGCCAGCUAGCGAUUUGUAGCAGCAACAGAUGGAAAGCGUCAUCAUGGUCCAGACAUGAGACAUGUCUCGUUAAAAGAAUCCAUACUUGAUACCCCAGCAGAUUGGAUGGCAAAAUGGAACCCUUACAAUGCAUGUGUAUUUUUCUUUGAGCUGUUUGAGAGUCACAACAUGCGAUGCAAGCAGUCAGUCAUUCAGUAGCUAAAGCAGGCAGUCAUGCUGGAGAGUGUUCUAGGUAGGAGUGCAGUUUUCUAGAGUCAUUUAGUGUGCUUGCAGCGGGAACUUGUUUCCUUGUCAUCUGCCUUGACCACACAACACAUACAUGACAUUGGCUGUUUCUAUUUGUUUAUUCAGCAAUUCACCAAACCUGUGAAUGGUCAUAUGCUAGUCAGGCAAGAUUGCAGAAAAUUUGCCUUGGCAUCAACAAUGAGUUCUUCUUUGUACAUUCUUUGAGCAAAGCAUUAUCAUCUUCGACUUUAUGGAGCCAUGCAUUUGCAUACUUUUUAGCGGCAAAGUUCAAUGUCAGCUUCAGCGAUUGAGAUAACAAUCAUACCUUUAGCAGAGCAAGUGUACUUAUUUCACAAAAGAAGAUAAUUACAACGUUUUUACAAGUCCA